AUGGCCCAGAAAGAAGAGGCCGCUGCGGCUGCUGCAGCUGCUGAGCCCGCGGCGCCCGCUUCCCAGAAUGGUGAGGAUCUGGAAAACCUGGAUGACCCUGAGAAGCUGAAGGAGCUGAUUGAACUGCCUCCCUUUGAGAUUGUCACAGGGGAGCGGCUGCCCGUCAACUUCUUUAAGUUCCAGUUCCGGAAUGUGGAGUACAGCUCCGGGCGGAACAAGACCUUCCUGUGCUACGUGGUUGAAGCUCAGGGCAAGGGAGGCCAGGUGCAGGCCACCCGGGGGUACCUGGAGGACGAGCACGCCGCCGCCCACGCCGAGGAGGCCUUCUUCAACACCAUCCUGCCCGCCUUCGACCCGGCCCUGCGCUACAACGUCACCUGGUACGUGUCGUCCAGCCCCUGCGCGGCCUGCGCCGACCGCAUCAUCCGGACCCUCGGCAAGACCAAGAACCUGCGCCUGCUCAUCCUGGUGGGGCGCCUCUUCAUGUGGGAGGAGCCCGACGUGCAGGCCGCCCUGAGGAAGCUGAAGGAGGCCGGCUGCCGGCUGCGCAUCAUGAAGCCCCAGGACUUCGAGUACGUCUGGCAGAAUUUUGUGGAACAAGAAGAGGGUCAAUCCAAGGACUUUGAGCCCUGGGAGGACAUUCAGGAGAACUUCCUGUACUACGAGGAGAAGUUGGCGGACAUCCUGAAGUAG